AUGACCUCCCAGGCUCAGGGUGUCCUCAAGGCCUUGCGAGACGACCUGGUGAGGCUGCAAGAUGCUCAACACCAGGCUGAGCGAAACUUGGGGAGAACGUCCGACACAGUGCAAAGCACCCUUCAGGAGGUUGACUCCCUGAAAUCGGAGCUUGCUGCAGUGGGUGUGAAGUAUGCGGACAUGCAGGAGCUGAAGGCAUACGUUGCAGAUCUGUGUGACUGCCUAAAGAGCAAGGCAGCAUAUGUUGAGGAGCUGGAAGAUCACAUGAAAUCGCUUAUGGAGGAGAGGGCAAACAGUGCUGCAGAGAUGAGGGAGUCAACAAAUGAAGAGGACUACAAGAUUGCAGACGCGUCUGUCUCCAGUGCUCUCGAUGUUCUAUCCCGUGGAGGUUCGCAUGCAGCAGCUGCAAAGGCAGCUGAAGAUGCAGCCAGUGCAGUUGAGGAAAAGCUGCAAGGGGUUGGGUCAACCCCUGAACUAGAUGAGUUUGGGCGCAACAUUAAUUUGAUGCAUCAGGCAGCUGCCAAAGGCAGGGCAGAGGCGCGAAAAGCCCGGUGGGAGAAGGAACGUCAGAAGGCAAAGGACCUGGACUUUUCAAGUGAAGAUGUCAACAGUGCGAGUGAGAGUGAGGCAAAGCGUUUCGAUAGCCGCUGUGAGGAGGUUCUUCAAGCAGCAGCAUCUGUUUUUGCUGAUGCCGCCCCUGAGUUUGGGUCUCUCCCAAGCGUGUGCCGGCGUCUUGGAGAAUGGAAGGCUCGGUACCCAAAAGCCUAUCGUGAUGCGUAUCUGUCCACAAGUCUGCCUGCGCUCAUUGCACCAUUUGCAAGGCUGGACCUUCUUCGAUGGCAUCCGAUAUUUGGUCACGAUGUCGGUUUCGAUUCCCAGCAGUGGUACACCGAAUUGGAUAUGUACGGCCAGUCACAGCCAGUGAAUCCUGUUGACAGCACCGAACAGGCUGCUGGCUUGGUGGCUGAGGACCCAGACGGUGACCUGGUGCCACAGCUGGUGCUGGUGCCCUGA